AUCAACAAGUUAAACAUUCACGGUAUUAGAAUGGACACAGCAGGAAGGCUAAUGCACCAAAAAGACAUAAAAAUUAGCACAAGCUCAACGAAAAAACAAAACAAAAAAUACCUUCAAAUAUAAAUGAAGACAUUUGGUCUCGACUUAAUCAUGAUUCAUGAGCUCAUUCAGGGGAGAGCUGUGAAAUGUCAAAGCGUCAGUUCUCGGCCUCAGAAACACGAAAACACGCGACAGGAGGAACCUUGAGGUGAAAGACAUUACCCACUCCAUCAUAAAAUGCAUAUUGACGGAAUAUGAGAGCGCAGACUGGUCUGUCAGCCUGUUUGUGGUUGAAUGUCCAGUUGAAGGGUUCAGUCUGACGAUGAGGUGAAUGAAUGACAGCGCUGUGACCAUAAAAAACAUACACGCUCUUAGGCUUAUGAUUCCCAAGGCAUCCAUUAAAGAACCAACCAGAACAUUAACUUUUAACUGUUUUAUUUCCACUAUCCGCAUGCACAAUAUAUGUGCUUCAAAUUCUGGAGCAGACCCAGGAAUAUUCGCGCACUCACCAGCCAAGAAUGUGAAAAUCACCCUCAGACCCCGAACUCUUCCAAGGCGUCGUUUCAACAGCAGAAAGACAUGAACUCCUUCCUGUGGACCGUGAAACGGCCUGCUCCUUACCCUCCGUCCUAUCUGUUUGGGACAAUCCACGUCCCCUACACUCGAGUCUGGGACUACAUCCCCGAGAACUCGAAACGGGCCUUCCAGACCAGCGCCAAUGUUUUCUUUGAACUGGAUCUGACAGAUCCUCUAACCAUCUCAAAGCUCACAAGCUGCCAGCUUCUUCCCAACGGAGAAAACCUCCAGACGUUACUACCACGCGACCUCUACCGCCGCCUCAAGCGCCACCUGGACUACGUCAAACACAUGAUGCCCUUCUGGAUGACGGCAGAUCAGCGUGGCCGGGGACUUUAUGCUGACUACCUCUUCAACGCCAUCGCAGGGAACUGGGAACGCAAGAGGCCCGUAUGGGUGAUGCUGAUGGUGAACUCUCUGACGGAAGCAGAUGUGCGGUCGAGGGGAACUCCGGUGCUCGAUUUGUUCUUGGCGCAGGAGGCCGAGCGUCUCGGGAAGCAGACAGGUGCUGUGGAGAGGGUGGAGGAACAGUGUCAUCCCUUGAAUGGACUGAACUUCUCACAGGUGUUGUUUGCUCUGAACCAGACUCUACUGCAGCAUGAGAGUCUGCGUGCAGGCAUUUUGCAGGGCGCCUUUACUACUGAGGACCUCAUCACACACUACAACUGUGGAGACCUCAACUCCAUCAUUUUCAAUCAUGACACAUCACAGCUUCCACAUUUCAUCAACAGUUCCCUGCCAGCUCACGAGCGCUUGACAGCGCAGCAGAUUGACAGUUACCUGCGGCAGGAGCUCAUUUACAAACGCAACGAGCGAAUGGCCCGCCGUGUCUCCGCCCUCCUUCAGAGAAGCCCCACCCAAAGCUUCUUCUUUGCUUUCGGAGCUGGUCAUUUCCUGGGGAAUCACAGUGUAUUGGACAUUCUGCGGCAGGAGGGCUAUGAGGUGGAGCACACACCAGCGCAAGAACCCAUCACAGAAAGGAGCUGGUCCGAGGUUGAGGGGACUACUGUGAAUCCCACUGAAGGCAGCUCUGAGUCGGUGACGGAAUGGACAUCAGAAUCUCCUGAGCUUGAGGAGAUCAGCCAGGAAGAUCUCUCACAUAUGCUGCUGCCAGACAGUCUCAGCCAGCUAGAGGAGUUUGGCCGCUACAAACGCCCUCGUAAAACCCAUCAUACACACAGUCGACCACGGCUGUUCAGUGACCUGUGGGUGCGCAUAGGAGACAGCACGACUCCACACCUGAAUAUAAGGAUAACCAAUGGCUAUGUGACGGUGGAACCUCUUCAAACACGACAGGAACAACAACAAAGACGAACGCCGCUCAGAGACAGACUGAAGCCUCCCAGCCUGCCCACAAACCCCAGCAUACUUGACUCCGCUGCUCCAAAUCCAACAUAUGCGCUGACUUGCCUUUUGGCCGGUCUCAUUUCACAACUGCUUUUCACGUCCUGAAAAGAGAAUGGGUCUCUCGGAAUCUCAUAAACCAACUCAAUCAGAAUUGUAUCUAAGUGACUUUGCCUGUGGUAAAAAUAAAUGGCAGUAAAGUACAUUUAGGUUCUGCUUACUUAGAUCAAUUUUGGGUGUCUGCCUACAAUAAGUUGCUGCAGCAUGUAACAGUAGACGUGAGAAAUUUCUAAUUGUUACAUCUGGCAGAAUGGUAGUCUGUAAGAAUAACAAUAAGAGAAAAAACAAGAACAUUUUGUUAUAAUUAUGCAAUGACUCUGCCCAGAGUUGAUUCAUAAGAGUCAGCUAAGAUUGUACCUUGAUGUGAAAACCCACAUGACUGUUCCCUUCUGUCCCAUCAGAGCAGACAGCAAAACAUGAAUGUGCUUUUUUUUCUAAUGAGUGAAAUAGGGCAAAAGAAAAUAUACCAAAUUAUCAGUAUCAUGUAAAGGUUAAAAACCUAAAUUAUGUAAUAGAGACUGUUAUUAUGUGAUAUGUUCACUGACAGAUAACUGAAUAACUUAAAUAGUUCACAGAGAUGACACUUAUAUUUUGUAAAUUGUGCAUUUGUUCAUACAGAAAUUUUAUAUUUAUUAUUUCAUGAAGAGUAUAUUUUCAUGCAUUUCUCAAGUAUUAAAGUUAACAGAGUUAUGUAAACAAA